GAUCUAACAGUUUUGCGUUAUUGGUUUCGAGAAACUGUUAGAGCAAUGUUAGAAUUAGAGAGGUGGGCAGUUGAGAUAUCAAACGAGCUCGAGAAGACGGAAGCAGAUACAAAAACGGAGACGGAGCGGUGGAGAAAAAGCUCAAUAUACAAAGUUCCGGCGAGCAUCGCCGACGUGAAUACGAAACUAUAUACGCCACAAAUGGUCUCAUUUGGUCCUUAUCACCACGGCAGGCCACAUUUGAUUCCGAUGGAGGAGCACAAAAGGAGAGCGCUGCUCCAGUUUCUUAAGAGGGCAAAAAAGCCAUUGAAGGUGUUUGUGGAAGCUGUAGCUGAAGAAUUGCAGUGUUUAAAAGACUGUUAUUAUGAGAUUUCUGAACGUUGGAAGCAAGAUGAUGAUGGUUUUGUGCAGCUGAUGAUUCUUGAUGGAUGUUUUAUGCUGGAAAUUCUUCGAGUUGGUAAUGACUUGAUCGAUGAUUAUGCUCCUGAUGAUCCAAUAUUUGGGAAUCGUGGGAGAUAUUGUGUUCUGCCAUAUAUCAGGGUUGACAUGUUGAUGCUUGAAAAUCAACUGCCACUUCUGGUUCUUUACAAAAUGCUUGCGGUUGAAUCUGGAGAAAUGGAUGAAGAACCUAUCAACAGGCUCAUACUUAAAUUUUGCUUUCUGGUAUCUCCGGGGGUACCUAUUGGCAACUGCUUGCACGCAUUAGACAUCUACAGAAAAAUGCAAAUUUUUGAAUUCAAAACGAGGAAAACAGAUAUAGUUGGACGAUCAAGUAGACUGCAGUUUGAAUAUACUGAUAUAGACCUAUCUGCAACAGAUCUGUAUGAUUCAGGAAUUCGAUUCCGGAAGAGUAAAAAUGUAAGCAUAAGUAGCAUUUCAUUUCGCUCUGGAGUGUUGAAGCUUCCGGCCAUGGUAUAUGAUUUGCAAACAGAGCGGUUAAUGCUUAAUCUCAUGGCGUUCGAGUGGUGUCAUUCGGGCAUAUCAAUCGAAGUUACUGAAUACAUUUGCUUUAUGUACUAUUUGAUCCGGAGUGAUAGAGAUGUCGCGCUCCUACGUUCCUAUGGUAUCAUCCAAAAUUAUCUAGACAGCGAUAGAGAUGUCGUUCUAUUACUCAGUUCUCUAUCCAGGAACAGCGUAACGGAGGUGGAUAGCAAACUGAAUCGUGUACGCCUUAUGGUAAACGGCUACUGCACAAGGCCUUGGAAUAAGUGUCGUGCCUAUUUGGUUCGUAACUAUUUUAAAAGUCCUUGGACUGCUGUUAAUCUUAUUGCAGCAAUUAUUCUAUUUCUCCUCACGUUUGCUCAGACUGUAUAUACAGUCUAUCCUUACUACCACCGAAAUGAACCUCGUCCACGCACUCCUUAGUUGAAUCUUCAUUGUACUUAUAUUAUUCGGAAUUAGAAAAAACAUGUCGGAGUUUGAAGAAGUAUAAAAUAGAGUUUUUUUGACAAUAGUAAAAAAUUGCUUAUGCUCUUG